UUGAUAAUUAAGUGUUUGCCAGAAAAUGUCAAUUAUCCCCGGACGCUAAGCUCUACAGACAGUGAAGAUUAUAGAGUAUCUAGCUUACGAGUUACAGCGACAAUGGGUGGAUGAAGGCGUGGUGAAUCCUACGGGGACAGAUCAACAUAGCAUCCUUAACAGCGAGACACAUAUACGACAAUAGAAAUUAGUUUAAUUUGCAUUGAUAAAUAAAGUGUUAGUUAAGAAUACACGCUUGAGAGUGGCUGUGGAGAGUCGCGCCAAAGAGAUGUGCUAUCGUGGCUAUGUAUGCAUUCACACUUACAAGGAAAACCCAUAAUUUCCGGCGGCGACCAGCGAGUUACGGUUUGUCAGCGCUUAGUACGUGAGAACAUGGCCAUGAAUCCCGGUGCUGUGAGAGGAGGUCUCCAGUUUCAAACUUCCUAUUUCUGCUCUUGAACAUUGCGUGUUACGUUAACUACUUCAGACUUGUACUUCUGGCCCAUAGUGUAAUUUUGAAUGCGACGAACCAUAGGAGAGGUGCUCCGUAUGUCGGGGUGAUGGAUUUCCUCGUUUGGAGAUUAAUUAUUGGAUAAUAUCAGUGUCAAAAUGUCUUUCUUUGUAUGAUGUUGUGAUCUUGUUUAACAUAUUCUUGCCUCAUACUAAUGCCGUCCAGGGACAACUGUUUCGCAAACAUGGCGACAUAAUUCGAAUGACACCAUGGAUUUACGGAAACUCGUCUCAUUGUGCUUAUUCCUUAUGGCCAUUGUGUCGGCAGCAUGUGCAGCUAUCAAUAACAUCAUAGAUGGGUUUCAAAAGAAUCCCUCCAUCACCUCCCUCCACAUACGGUCUGACAUCCGGUUCCGGUUUGCCACCACCACAGUUUACAGUUCCAUCGCCAACGCCGACAUUGCUGACCACGAGACCACGUUUGACGUCACACUUCCGGACGCUGCUUACAUCACAAACUUUACACUAGAGAUCGGUGGGGUGGUGUAUCCGGGAGUGGUCAAGGAGCGAGAAGCUGCUAAAUCUCAGUACGACAAGGCAAAGAAAAAGGGACAGACAGCCGGCCAUAUCUCUACCAACAAACCCCGAGAUACCAAUCGAUUCAAAGUGUCUGUAAAUGUGGCAGCACAAGCCAAGAUUAAGUUUACUUUGACCUACAACGAACUUCUCCAGCGGCGGCGUGGAAGCUACGAUCACACCAUCUAUAUCCGGCCCAGGCAGAUCGUCAACGACUUCCGGGUGGAAGUUUAUAUUCAGGAAUCUCGCCAAAUCACGUAUCUCCGAGUCCCGCCGUUACGAGAUGAUGUUCUGAUUAACUAUAACAGUAUAGAACAGAAUCGGAUCGCAGAGGUCAGCCGUCCGUCUUCGACAUCCGCUCAUAUCUUAUACGAGCCGUCCGCCCAUGAGCAAAGCCUCGUGUCCCAGCAGGGUCUCUCUGGACUGUUUGUUGUGGAGUAUGACGUCGAUAGACGAUUGGACGCAGGUGACGUUCUGGUUGUCAACGGAUAUUUUGUCCACUUCUUUGCUCCAUAUGGGUUAGAGCGCAUGCGCAGACGAAUCCUGUUUAUCCUGGAUACCAGUGGGUCGAUGGUAGGAAUGAAGAUGAAACAAAUGCAGGCCGCCAUGACAGAAAUCCUGGAUGAUCUACACGAAGGGGACAAAUUCAAUAUCAUUGAGUUUGACGGGGACAUCCAAAAAUGGCAGGACGGCAUGUCGGCUGUUCCUGUCACCCAGGAGUCUAUAGCGUCAGCCAAGCAGUACGUUAAAAAUUUGGUGGCUGAUGGAUGGACGAAUAUAGAUGGCGCUGUGAUGCAGGGUAUCGAGGACGUCCUUGACGACAGUUCGGACGACAGCGUCCCAAUCGUCAUCUUCCUGACGGACGGAGAACCAACAGCUGGCGAAACUAACGUGAACAAAAUCCUCGCCAACAUCAAGGCGCGUAAUACAGACGGUGUUCCCCUCUUCUCGCUCUCCUUUGGCGAAGGAGCAGACUUUGACUUCCUCAAGCGCUUGUCCCUACAGAACAAUGGGUUCGCCCGUAAAAUAUACGAGGCAUCUGACGCCGAUAUUCAACUUACUGGUUUCUACGACGAAGUGUCGUCAGUUCUCGUGUCUAACGUUACAUUCCGUUAUUUAGAUGAUACUGUGAUAAAAAAUACAAUUUCAAAUGUGAUAUUUCCUAAUUAUUUCGCGGGGUCCGAGCUAGUUGUGACCGGUCAGUUGAUGGACACGGCGAUGACCGACAUACCUGUCUCUAUUUUCGGCGAGAGUUCGAACGGCCUCCUGGAAUUGCGUUCCUCUGGUAGUGCUAUACUGAAUGAUGUUGAUGUGACGUCAUUUGAAGGCGAUUCGCAGCCGAACGUGAAUUUCACGGACAUUGCCGAGAAAAUAUGGGCUUAUGUAACUAUUAAGCAACUACUGGACGACCGACUGAGGGAAACUAAUCAGACCAUUCGAGACGAGAUCAAGGAAAGGGCCACGGAAUUGGCACUUAAGUAUAAUUUUGUGACACCCUUGACGUCAAUGGUGGUUACAAAGCCGGAACAGGAGACUAUGGUGGACCCAGACGAGGACGAGAAAACCAAUAAGUCUGCCUGGCAUUCUGGCUCUUCUCCCGGUCAGGCACUCAUCGGCAAGUCGCCCUCUUUUGUGGACAGUGACCCCCAUUUCAUCGUGCACGUCAAGGGCCUGGACACCUCAGUGUGUUUCGACAUCAUGGGACAGCCUGGUGAUCGACUCAAUCUAGUCUCCGACGACGUUUCAGGUAUCAGUGUCACGGCAACCAUAAUAUCAAACAAGGACACUCCAAGGUCACGGAGAAAGAGGAAGGAAGGGUCAAAUGAUCAGGGCAAGGAGACACUAAAGACAUAUAUUGGAGAAAUACAAAUCGAGGGUCUUAAGACGCGUCUAUCCUUUACACCUACAAAUUGGACUAUGGAUGGCCAGUUGUACAAGUGGAGAAGCUCUGAGGCCUUGAAAUCUCACAGGACGAAAGUUGUGACAGACGGAACUGGUCAGCAGAUUGCAAUCAUCUUCCCGAAUAAAGUGCUCCUUCUUGUCAUACGUCACAUGCGAACCAAGUCACAGCUCAGGAUGGGCAAGGUGCCCUUUCUUGGCUUUUAUAUCGUCGAGGAGAAGGGAUUCUCGUGGCACACGCAUGGAAUUCUUGGCCAACUACUGCACAGACGCAUAUCACUGAAAAAGACCAAGAAGAUUGACGGCAAAACAAGGGGCAAACUUCUCGUUAGAGGAAACACGAAGAAGACAAGAAAGUUGACAGCUUCUCUUGGUACUCGCCUUAAUCUAGCUACUAAUAGGGACACACCAUGUUGGAUGGUACAGCGGAACGGCAAGAAACUUUUAGAUGGGAAUUAUAAAGACUAUUUAGUGCGUAAUAAAAAUUCUACUGUCACCACAAAACGCAAGGGACGACGGAAACGAAUCAUGAAGUCGGUAGGCGGUUCAAAGUGAUUCGGAAUAUAAUGGCGACUGUGUAGGGAUUUUUGAUAAUAUAAUGUACGUGAAAUGGUCACACUGUUUUCAAUAGAGAUGUAAAGUGGUUGUGUCAUCUAACACCACAAUGUGUCAUAUUGGUUUGAUAACCUUAUGACGUAGUUCAAUUCCAUAAAUGGUAAGUACUGGCAAAUACAGUCUACUGACUAGACAUGUCAAUUACAUUACUGGUGGAUGACCGAUACGGCUUCAUGGGUUAGCCCAUACCUUCAUUGAUCUUCAUAACUCAUAACUUCUUAUAGUUUGAUGCAUUACAUUUGGCGUUGCACAUUUAACCAUUAUGUUGUACGGUAAAACAUAUGCAAUUUCCGAAUAUAUCGGACGAAUCCUAUUAUUUGAUUGACAUGCAAUGUGCUAUGUAAAUGUGGAAACUGUUUACUGAUUAUCAUUAUUAUGUUUGCGAUAUAUGUCUGCUUUAAAAUAUCUCCUUUAGAUACAGUUAUCGGAUUAUGUCAGAAGCAUAAACACAAUGAAGAGUAGACAUUUGUAUGGGAAUGGUAGAUGUUUACGUCAAUAUCAGGUAAAGGACACGACAAUGCAUCAUAUUGAUGCAGUAAUAGCAUAAAUACACGCCAACCAAAUAUGAGAUAUAUAUAAAAAUCUGGCAAAAACUGAUCACGUGGCGUUGUUAUUCAGAUUCCCAUCGAGGGUUAGAUAGACUAAAAUGACGCACACCAUGUUUAAGGCGACACAAAACAUAUUGUCAGACAUGAAAGUUUCUUGCAUUUGGAGGAUUUCAAUUAAGUAUGAAACCAAUAAUGUCGCGCUUGGUGUAGAAGUUACCACCAAAGGAUGAAUAACUUAAUGCCUUGGGAGCUACUGUUGCGGACCUGACAAUCAAUAUUUAUUGUACUUAUGCAAAACAGACAUUGUUGAUAAUUGCACAUUGAUGUCGAAAUGUAUACAGCGUCCGUCUGAUAUGAUCGGACGAACUUUAUGUUCGUCCUUAAGUGCUUCCUGGUUUCAAAUGAAAAAGUUUUCGAUGAAAAUUUCAGAAACUAAUUUCGUCACAUUCUGAUUGUAUCCACAAUCACCUGCGAUGGUAACACGAUUCGUUUUACAGAAGAUUGACGGCGAAGCUAUGUAUCAGACAUUAUAUUGUUAAUAUGUUAUAUUGUGAAAUGUCUAAAAUGGUUUUGCAGAUUGCAUGACAUAUAUGUUCCAUGCGAAUCCUUCAUCUUGUCACAACAUCUUGUGAUAGUUCGACUGGAAACAAUGGAAUGGUGUCAACAUGAUACUAUAUAUAUACGUAUCUUUGCGCACUCAAAUUUUAUGGCAUAUUCGAAUUUAAACAGAUUAAUUGGCGUAUGCUUCUUUUCCUGGGGUCUGGAUAUAUUCCCUCGGACUGACGUUUAGUUGUUACUACGAAAUAUCAUUACUAAUACGCAUAAUAUAUGUACUGUUAAUUUAGAAUUAUUUGUCAUUUUCACAUGUUUCGUAGUUUGAUUUUUUCGGCAAUAAUGUAAAAUAGCACAGCCUGAAUUUACGUGAUGCAGAACCAAAUUAACCAACUAUUACGCAUUAGUCAUAUCAGGACACUUUAGGCAUACGAAAAGACUUACAAUUUGAUAUUUCUAUCUCCGAUGCAGCUUAUUACGAUGAAAUAAAAUAAUUACGGUUCACUG